AUGAUGAUGAGAACAGUACCACCUCGGCUACCUAAGACACCACCACCACCACCUCCAUCAACGGAAAUAAAAGUUAGGCCAAGAAAUGGGUCUUCAUCUGGUGGGACAAAGUGGACUUUGCGAACCGAAGCAAGAGAUGGUGGUAACAAAAAUUCGAUGAUGGUUAAAGUAGAAGGAGUCAUUGAAAUACCGAAACCUCAAUCGGUUGCUUCCCUUCGUGAGCAAAUUGCAAAGAAAUUGGAGGUUAAAAUGCCAUCUACUCCACCAACUAUUACAAUUAGUAAUGGUCAUACAAAAUCACCAUUAUGGAUUUCCGGAUCAAAUGAACAAUAUCCAUACGUUCCGCAACAUGAUGAUACAUCAAAUUUUCAACAUCUGGCAACGAAGAUGUCAAAACUUAACAGCAAUUCUCAAUCAUCCAGUAAUACAACACUACAGAAACAGUUAUCUGUUGUACAUGAACCGGUGGAGAGGCAUAUAUCCUGCAUAACACCAGUAUCAUUCAAUCGUACAGCGACACUUUCUUCCUCAGUUAUUGUUUCUCCAAAUAUGCUCGAUAUUUAUUCCAACAACACAUUCGUCGCACCAGUAUCCUCUUCUUCAGGUGUAUUUUCAUCAUCACCAAUCAUCCACAAGCACGAGGAGAACAAUGGUUGCAGUCCUUCCCUAUACAAUGAUACAACAGCAGUUUACAACCAAUUAAGCGAUUACCAGAAAUUGAUGCCAGUCAAAGAGAGAGUUGAUAAUCAUUCACAACGUUCCGUGCCUUCAACCACUGCUAACGCUACUAUAAGUUCCCGAACGCUGAGUCCGCCAUCAUUCUUCGUAAACAGUCACAAUAAACAUAGAAAUAAAAUGGUUAUUAAGGGCCUGGAAAUACCUGUAUCAACGAACCACAAUGAUAUUAUCUCGACAGAUAAUCUUAGAAAUGAUAUUAUUCUAACAAGUAAUCAUAGGACUGAUAUUGCUCAAGGAGUAAAAAGCCAGUUUGAUGCUUCAUCUUCAUCAAAAAUACCAACAUCAACACCUCCAUGUCAAAUGCUUUCACAAAGUUACGAUAGCAAAGGUACAUCAAGUACCAUGCCUCGCUAUAAUGCUUAUACUGAAAAUUCAAAUUGGUACCGCACUAUGUUCAAGAAAAUGCAUGUAGUUGAUCAGUUAGGCAAGUUAUUUCAUGAUUAUUUUAAUUUCAGGGAAUCUUUUAUCAAAACAAAUUGA